AUGGCCUCGGAACAAUGUCAAUCCGAAGAAAUCCAACAUUCACCGACCCGCCCCAUCCUCCUCCUUCACCGCCUACCGGGCUUCAAUCUCUCUUUUCUUCCCUUGCUUCAGACCUGGUACACAGUCCUUGACCCGCUCGAGGACCCACCCGAUCCGUUGUUCACUACCCGUUCAAAAUCUGCUCGUGUCAUGGUCUGUUUGGGCCCCACCCCUGUGAGGUUGGAGGACCUGGAAAAGUACCCCUCUGUGGAGUGCAUUGUGGGUUCCAGCGCAGGGGUUAACCACUUCGACCUCAACGCCUGCCGCCGCCGAGGAAUUCGCAUUACCAAUGCCGGCGAUACUUUCUCCGACGAUGCCGCGGACUAUGCUGUCGGACUAAUGUUUGAUGUCCUCCGGCGGAUCUCCUCGGCCGACCGGUUCAUUCGGUCCGGGGAUUGGCCCGUCAAGAAAGAGUAUCCUUUGGGUUCCAAGAUGAGCGGGAAACGAGUUGGAAUUGUGGGAUUGGGCAGCAUUGGCUCGAGGGUUGCUAAGAGGGUCGAGGCAUUUGGCUGCAGCAUUGCCUACAACUCAAGGAAGAUGAAGCCCAAUGUUCAGUACCCUUAUCAUAAAAAUGUUCAAGAUCUUGCAGCAAACAGCGAUGUAUUGAUUCUCUGCUGUGCAUUGACAAAUGAAACCUACCAUGUAGUUAACAAGGAUGUUAUGACUGCCUUGGGGAAGGACAGUAUUAUUGUCAAUGUUGGACGUGGAGCACUGAUCGAUGAGAAGGAAUUGGUACAAUCCUUGGUGCAAGGUGAAAUCGGAGGUGCUGGACUUGAUGUCUUUGAGAAUGAACCGAAUGUACCGGGAGAGCUAUUUGCAUUGGAUAAUGUUGUGCUGUCUCCUCAUCGUGCUGUUGUAACUCUGGAAUCAUUUGCUAGGCUCCAAGAGCUCAUCCUAAGAAACUUAGAAGCUUUCUUUUCCAAUAAACCUUUGCAGGCUCAAAUCGAGUUCGAGUAA